CUAGGUCAUUUUUCACCUGCGGACGUUUCACAACCGCGGGAACUUUUGGAAGUGUGUAAUCGAAAUACUAGGCAUGAUAGUAGGAUUAGAAAUAUUUUUGCCCUUGAGAUAUACGGCGUUUGCAUUUUCUAGCUUUUCUCAAAACGAAAAUCUGGCGCAGUUGGUUGCUGUUUUGGUGGCACCUCGGACAUUGACCUCUUGCUCAGUAAACAACAACAUCGAGAGGCGUGACCGGUUAAAGUGCUCACGUUGUGUUCAUGUGAUGGGCAGAGAUCACAGCCUUCUCGACAUUUUGUAGUGUGUGGAGCGCCAACAUGAAGAAGGCAAUCUUUCUCCUGAGUGUGACACUGGUGGCCGUGUGGGGAUGCCAGGCUCCCGACUGUGAUAGGCCAGACUGUGGCACAUGCGGAAAUGCCUGCUGCUCUUUGUCCUUUCACUUUGAUGGAAUGACCAGUGAGGCUGCCUACAACAAGAUAAUGAUGGGCCUCAAGAAUGGUGGUGCUGAUGGCAGGUACCGCUAUAUUGGAGGUGAUGACCUGAGGCCCUACAACAUCUCAGCGUCUUUCAUCCUUCAGGGUGUGCAUACGACCUUGGUUCACCAUUACAACGACACCCUGAACUUUGUCCUGACAGAUGACAUGAAGCCGUCCAUCCAUCCCCUGGGCACCACUCUCCGUGCCUUCUCCAUCUCCCAGAUCGCCGGGGCUUACUGCGAUGACGGGCAAAACUACAAGAACCUGGUGGGAUUUGUGAAGGGACUGAAUAUGAAGUACAUGGAGACUACAGUGGCCGGAUGUCCCAAGCCCACAUAGAAUAGACAAUCAAUAUAUUACCACAUUGGAAACACCUGCAGGGUUCCUCAUUCCCUGGACUAGGCUUCAAAACAUCCUUAUUUCAGCAGACAAAUAAGGAUCAUGCUAAGUUUACAUUGAUUUUUCAUAUCUGAAGAAGGAAAACAUUGGCAAAACUAAAGGUUUGAUCAAAGAAUUUUGACAUAAUUCUUACACAAUCAAUGACGUUUUGAUAUUCUGUUUGACUACUACAUGUAAGCAUUAUAUGACAGAAUUGUUUCAACUUCAAAUUUAAAACACCAUGAAAACCUCCUUUUCCCUCUGCAAAAUAAAAACACUGAAAGUAAAUUAAUUUACAUUUUAGAGUUGCUACAUUUACAUGUAUACUAGUAUAUGAAGUGAAUUAUUACAAAAUCUCAAAA